CAUCGAUUCGACUUCGAGUUCAACGAAGACGAACUCCAUGAAAGAAAGAUAGGUCUUAUAAAGUAUAUUCUAAAGUAAUAUAGUAAGAAAGUAUUUAUCGUACAAAUUAUAUUAGCUAAUAUUUGACACUUCUUUUCUCAAGCUUAUAAUUCAUUAACCAUGGCUCCGGCUCCAAAAGGCAAACCUCCCACCAAAGGUGCUAAACAGAUAUUGGUGGAGAAUUCAGAAACAGUCAGUUUCUACCGCAACAUGUCUCUUGCAGCCGCAGCCUUGUACGGAACUGCCACCGUUAGCUUGUACUGGGACAACUUAACAACGGGAAUUAUUUUCCUGAAUGUUCUUCUUUUGGCAAUAUAUGGAGGGUGCUAUCAAAUUAUGAGAUACAUCAGUCGGCCCACUUAUUCCGACAACAGCCAGCUCAUCGAUCCUGGUCUUGAUUUGAAUAUGGAAGGUGGUAUGGGCGAACAUGUGAAAGAUAUAGUGAUAUUGUCAGCAAUCACACACGUGCUUGCAGUGAUAUCAAACUAUUUCUUUUUGCUGCUUCUGCUGAUACCAGUGAGAGCCUUCUGGCUGCUCUGGGUCAACGUGCUAGGACCUUGGUUCUUCCAAGAGGCCCCGCAAGACACAGAACAAGAUGAAAAGAAAAAGAAAAAAUUAGAAAGAAAAAUGAAAAGAUAUCAGCAAUAAACUAAAGUAAUACUUAAUAGGAGUACCUUGAUUCAAGAAGCCUUAUUAUUGUAUAAAUGCUCAGUUCUUAAAUAACACGGUUAACUAGUAGGAUAAUAACUUUUGUUAUAUUUAUAAUUUUAUUUCAAUAUAUUGUUAAACUUCAAUAUUAAAUACAUCUAUUAAAUUAAUAAUGGUACAAUAAUUAAAUAAACAUAGGUAUAUUUUUAUAUACAUUGAAAUACUGCUUCAUAAAAUCAGAGUAAGUUUUUUGAAUGAGUUUAUAUAAAUUUGUAAUAAAAAUAUAACGAAAUAUUUAUAAUUGUAUUAAGAAUAAAUGCCUAUUUUACUAGUUUCAACAUUACGGUGCAAAUAUUUGAAAACGGCUGAAUGUGGAAUAGCGUAGCAUCUGUAUAGCAAUGUUGACAUUGAUUUGUUUCCUUUUAUUCUGUUCACAACGAGUGAGCGUCUAAUUGUUUGCUGUUAAUCCUUGUCCAUAUAUUUAAAACCACGAUCAAAUAGUUUAACAUUGCUUGUUCUGUUGUGUAUUUUAAAUAUGUUUGUUGUAAUAGUCUUUGCGUGUGUUGCGAAAUAGAACUCAGUAGAUAGAUAUUCUGGCCAGUGCUCCUGAAUCCCAAGCCAUUAUUGUACUGGUGAGACACACCCGUAUACAUUACACGUAUAUUCGAGCACAAACACUACUCCCUGUCGUCACUAGCUACGCGUGUCUGGCAGAAAUCGCCGCUAAUGAGGGCUACCGUUUUUUGGUUCACCAGAUGGCGCAACUGUAGCGUGAGGUCUAAAACUAUGGCAAUCAAAGUUCGUAUUAUGAGCGCUAAAACUUAUAUCUACAUUAGAUGAUUAUAUUAGAUCAUAUGUAAUACAAUAGAACUAUAGUGUGAACGUAUUGGCGAUGCCACAGUGUUGCGCAGUGCCGUUUUGCUCGAAAAAGAAAUGCGAACAUAAGUUUCCGAAAGGUUAAAGAGUGUCAAAGCAAUGACAUUUAAAGAACUCUGAUCUGUAUUUGCCAUAAUUAAUUUAAAGUAUUGUUAAAUAUUCACAAUAUUAAUUUAAUUAGAAAUAUAAACCCUCGCGCGUAAACAAACAGUGGCAUUUGACGUUUCGAAGAUCUCACGCUACACAAGCGCCUCUAGCGGCGAUUUCAUACGCGGUAGCCCUCAUUGGGACAGAUUGCCAUAAAAAAAACACUAAGACAAACAUCACCUAUGACGUAGCCCUCGCGAGUAUUUUUUAUUCGUGACGUCACAAAUGCAGGCCAGUAUGCUGUGUUAUAUUUCGGAACAUAAGACUUAUUCGGUACCCAAUAAAUGUCAUCAACGCUGAAUGAGCCGUCCGAUAAGUGAGAGAUCUGUGCCAGGUUGAGGGUGCCUUAUCAACAUUGAGCUAUGCUGCGCUGUGUCAUGCUGUGCUGUCUUGCGUUGUGCUAUGCUGGGCUAUGCUUUGAGCAUGGAAACAAAUUAUACGAGACUCCCACAUAGAGUCAUUUGUUUUUUGCAAUCAGGCGUCGAAUCCUGACUCACUAAGGUUGUUUGUAUGUCGCUUAGCGCGAAAGUUUGUAAGAGUGUAAUGCAUGUACGUACCAGCUUCCAUCCGCGGUUUCAUCCACUUCAUGGAUUGCGUUGGGAUGCAUUUUGCUGAAACUUGCCAGUAAUUAUAUAGCUUAUGUUGUCAGCAUAACAUAUAGGCUACUUUUUAUUUAUGUGCGAGAAGUAAUCCCCGGGACGCUGGUGAAAUCGAUAGAAGCUAGUGUUUAGUAAAGUUGUCACGCCAAUAGUGCUAUUAACAAGAAUUAAAGUGCAAAUACCCAUUGUAGCCUCGAUUUAAGGAGAAUUUAUAAUUUGUUGUUCCAGACAUGUCUGGUUAUUACGCUUACCAUAAUAUAUAUUAGAAAAUAGAAUCUUCUAUAACUAUAUUUUUAAUAUACACUUUAUAGUGCAAGUAAAAAUAGUAAUAUACGAUUUGCAGUAGGCAAAAUAUCUAUAACGUAUAUUUUAAAGUGUCACCUUUAUAUACACGUAGAGAUAAUAGUUGUUGUCUAGAAGAUUUAUUUAUAUUUAUAGAAGAGAAACACUUAAUAUUGCAGUGUUAUAUUCGCUUGGCUAAGCACAUCACAACGCAACUUAGUUUUAUAUUGAUUAGAUACCCUAAGCCUUCUCUAUUAUAUUAAAUAAAUGUCAUAUAAUUCAAGAUGCGAAGAAACAAGCCUUUUAUCCAGCAUUUUAUACAGUACGGUCGACAUAUCUUUGUAAUCCUAACGGCUGAAUACUGAAAUGUCAAUUAUAUAACAUUUUUGAUCGCUAAAAAUCAUUGCGCAAUGUUUAAUAAUCCUGUUGCACAAUAUCGUAAUAUUGCGCAAUUUAAUUGACCGCUUAAGACGAAGUAAAGAAGCGUUUCAGUAUCUGGGGUAUAUCUAAAGUAAGCAGUGUCCUGCUCACUUCCUGGGUUAAUGAGAGGGUUGCAAAGAUAACAUGGCCUUAUAUAUAUACUGUACGUUGUAGCUUAGACAUAUCGAUAGUAUGUAGAGACGGCGCUAUUAUUUUAUCGAUAAUUAAAUAUGAGCAAGUUACAACAUAAUAGUGUUUAAAAUAUAUUCAAUGUAAAGAACUUAAGGACAUAUAGCUAUGAUACAAUUAUUUAAAGAGGACAGUGAUAUUGUAAUUUUGUACUUUUACAUUUUAAUCAUUCAGACGCACAACGCAUUGUGUAGUUUAUGUAAUAUUUAUAUUUAUAUGUAAGGACAUAUACUCAUUGUAGAAGCAAAUUUUCUUUGAUCAAGCCUUAAUAAGUACCUACUUAUAUGUACGUAUAAAUAUAUAGUGACAUAGUCAAAGAAAAGGUGACAGUUGCAUUAAAGGAAUCUAGAAAUAGUAAACCGAUUCUAAAUAAUAUUUCAAUAAUGAAUACCUGAGUGCUAUACGCUGUUAUAUUCAUACAACACGGGCGCGUGAUCAGAAGCUAGUAAAUUAUAUAGAUAAAUAAAUUAUAGUAUUUUUAAUAAAUUGAAUUGUUUUGUGAAAUAAUAAGCAAUGAAGUAUAAGUACAACCAUGUUAUGUGUUACUUAUUUUGUAUAAAUAUUACCUAGCUACGUUUUAAUAUGACCCCUUAUAGUGUUAUUAUUUAUCCCUAUUUUCCAUUAUACUUAUCUACCUAUAUAGGUUUAUUAGCCAUUACUUUUUAAUAUUUGGCCCCUUAUAGACUAUAUCCUAGACUAUUAUCCUAGACUUAGUAUACCGCAAGUUUAAGUUUUGUUUUAUUCUUAGGAUCAGAGAAAUCAGUUUACAAAUACGGCAAUGGAAACUAAUUAUUAAAUUGAUAACUUUGUAUGAAAAAUGGA